CACAUUUCGAACGAAAUUUUCGGUGGCCGAUUCGGAUCAUCUCGAGUGGAAUUCUGGAAUGAGUGGAACGAAGUGUUGGAAGCGGGCAAUCGUCUACGUUCCAAGGAAUCCCUAAAACUGCCUGCGGUGCCAGAAUCCAAGCUGAAGGCAACGAAGGCUAAGUUGUUGGCCCACCCGGAAAAUCUGCGCCGCUAGCUGCAGGCCGUCAAGCUACUCCGCGUUAGGUAGAUCCUGCUGCGCGCGGCCAAGUACACCAAGAAGUAUGCCCGCAUGGAGCAUGAGGUGGUGGACAAGGCGCGCGAGGUUAAGAAGGCCGGAAACAUCUACAUUCCGGGCGAGCCGAAGGUUGCCUUCGUCAUGCGUAUCUGUGGUAUCAUUAUCAAGCUGAACAAAGUCACCAAGAACUUGCUGCGUAUCACCGCCCCGACAUCACCUGGGGCUUGCUUAAGUUCGCCAAGCACCGAUACAACCGAAUCCCGACUACGGACUUCUUCGCGUGAUCGAGCAGAUGCUGCGUGCCGCGUACAAGCCUCAACACUCCGACCUGUGACUGGCGCAAGUACAACCACUACGGCGAAGACGGAGACUUUGGCAACCGCAAGGAAAAGAUCAAUGAGCUGAUCAAGCGUAUGGUUUACUUAAGUGAUACAUAGCGCGUUGAGGGAGAGUGUUGAAUAAAACAAAACCAGGAAUAUAAAUAAAUUAAGUUUGAGAAAA